CCGCGGAGAAGCAGCCAAAGUUAGCGUUACAGUUUGCCUUUCGAUGUUUUCGAUUUAAAUGCUUUGUCUGGUGAAUAAAACACAUCCAGACGAAGAUGAUGGAGUCUUGCUUAGCUGGGAAGCCGGAGAGAGUCGGUCCGGUGGAGGUGGAAGAUAUCAGGAGAGAUCUGCUCGGUGAAUUCACUGCUCUGCCAGCACAGGACAGUGUUCAGUCGCAGUCUGAGAACCUGCAGGUCUAUCUGAGGGUUCGACCAUUCACUGCAGCUGAGAGCGACAGUGGAGCGUCACAGGAUUGUGUGACUAUUGAGGGGCCAGACACUGUCGUCCUUAAGGCUCCCAGGAGCUGGCAAUCAAACCGACAGAGCGAGAAGUCCCUCCCACAAACGGCCCAGAGGUUCACCUUCACACAGGUGUUUGGUCCGGAGGCCGGUCAGAGGAAGGUGUUUGAGGGUUCAGUUCGAGGUUUGGUCCGAGACGUCCUGGAUGGAGGAAACUGUCUGGUGUUCACUUAUGGAGUCACCAACGCUGGAAAAACCUUCACAUUCCUGGGUCCGGAUCAUGACAGCGGUCUGUUGCCCAGGUCUCUGUCUGUCAUCUUUAACAGUAUUGAAGGUCGCCUGUACAGUCGGAAUGAUCUGAAGCCUCAGCGCUGCAGAGACUACAGCAGACUGACUCCAGACCAGCAGGCAGCAGAGAGCAGCAGCAAGAGGAACCUGAUGAGGCUGCUCAAGGAGAGCGACAAAAGUCAGACGUCUGGAAGAUCAACUUUUCUUGACGGCUCGUCUCUCAGCACUGACAGCAGUGUGAACAGUGAAGCUGACAGUUUCUGUCUGGACGUCAACUCAAGCAUCCGUUUCUCUGUCUGGGUUUCAUUCUGUGAGAUUUACAAUGACAACAUCCACGACCUGCUGGAACAGGUUCCCGGUGGACACCAGAGGAGGACGGUGCUGCGUCUGUCUCAGGACGUCAAAGGGAACUCUUUCAUCAAAGACCUGCGGUGGGUCCAGGUGAACAGCUCUGAGGAGGCCUACAGAGUGAUGAAGAUUGGGAAGAAGAACCAGAGUUUCUCCUCCACCAGACUGAACCAGCUGUCCAGCAGGAGCCACAGCAUCUUUUCCAUCAGGAUCCUCAGAGUGGACGACGUUGGAGUUCCCAGAGUCCUCGGCAUCAGCGAACUGGCUCUCUGCGAUCUGGCUGGCUCUGAACGCUGCUCUCGGACUCUCAACACCGGAAACAGACUGAAGGAAGCAGGAAACAUCAACAGCUCACUGCUCACGCUCGGGAAAUGCAUCAGUGCCAUGAGACUCAACCAACACGCCAAGUUCCAACACCACGUUCCCUUCAGGGAGUCCAAACUGACCCACUUCCUGCAGUUCUUCUUCUGUGGUGCCGGCCGGGUCUCCAUGGUGGUCAACAUCAACCAGAGCUCAUCCUGCUUUGAUGAGACGCUCAACGUCCUCAAGUUCUCCGCCCUCGCCCAGAAGGUGGUGGUGCUGAACUCGAGGCCAGUGGUCCCGGACGACGCCACCCACAGGUCAGCCAUGGAGCUGUCGAUGAUCAUCGACGAGGCCAGCCAGCGCAGGAACGUGUCGGGGCAUGGCAGGAAGAGCUCGAUGGUCGCCUGGGAGACGACGUUGGAGGAUGUGCUGGAGGAUGAUGGUGGUGAAGAGUGGGAGGAGGAGGAAAGUAUGAUGGAGGGAACAGUGCUGGAGGCAGGAGGUGAGGACGACGAGGUGGAUGAAGCGGACAAGACCAUGGAGGAAGAGGCGAAGCAGUCGGACAGAGAGGCAGCGCUGCGUUUGGUCCUGGAGGCCCAGAUCAGAGAAGAAGUCAGCACAGAGUUCAUGGAACUCUUCAACAAGAUGGAGAAAGACUACAGUGAACGUCUGGAGAAGGAGAAGGAGAUCCUGGAGGAGAGAGCCGAGAAGAGAGUCGAGAUCCUGAAGAACCUGGUCAACAAGACGGUCGAUCUGUCUGCUGUCAACACUGACAACAGCAAGGAGGAGCAGGCGGCUGUGUUGGAGGGAAUCAUCAGCUCAUUGACUGUAGACCUGGAAAAGAUCAGAGAGGACGCUCAGAGUGUUCAUCACUGUCUGACUGAACAGACACACACUGCAGAGCUGGAGGUGUUGCGAUUGGAAAAGCAGCAGUCACAUGACCAACUGCAGGAAGCCAAGGAGAGUCUGGAGCAGCAGCAACAGAAGCUGUCAGAGCUGACGGAGAUCUGUCAGCAGAAAGAUGACGACAUCAACAAACUCCAGGCAGCCAUGGACGUCACCGUGGAGAACGCCACCAGAGACAGGAUCCUGGUGGAGUCGAUCAGGUCAGAGCUGCUGCGGCUUCAGAAGACCUGCCGCUGUCUGGGGAAGACAGGAGGGGAGGAGGAGGAGGAGCAGAGCAGGAAACGCCAGCGUGAAGCUCUGGAGGAUCAAGAGGAGAGGGGACCAGCAAAGAAGAGAGUGGUUCUGGAGGAGGAGAUCUGGAGGCUCCAAGAAGAAAACGACAAGAAAGAAGAAACCAUCAUGGAGCUGAGGGAGAGGGAGGAGAGGAGGAGGGGACUGGAGGAAGAGAUGAGGAGACAGGGGGAGGAGGUGGAGGAGUUAAAGAAGGAGAAGGCUUUGCUGGAGCAGAGGUUACAGAAUCUGACAGGUCUGUCCGAGUGUCCAAACUGUGACUCGGUGUUUUCAUCUCUGGAGGUGGAGCAAAGAGAAACGUCGAGACUGAUGAAGGAGAACAAAGCUCUGGUUAACGGCAUCUUCCAGCUCCAGACAGAGGUGACCAGCCUCCAGACGCAGCUCAAAGAGCUGAGUGACAGGCGCGAUGGCCUAUCAGAGCAGCUGAACACUGCAAAGACCCGCCUCCAAGACCUGGAGAGCCAAUCAGAAGAGAAGACCAACAUCAUCAACAGUCUGACACAAGAAGUGGAGCGUCUAAAACAGAAAGUCAAGGAGGAGGAGGGGCGUAGCAGCAGCAGCAGUGUUUUCCACGCCACCAUGGAGGAGCUGAAGAAGGAGAGCCAGGCAGCGCUGGAGAGAUCGGCUCAGAAAUCCCAACAGAUCGAAGAUCUGCAGAGAGAAAAGAGGCAGCUGGAGGAGACCCUGACACACAGUGAGAACAGGUGUGUUGAGCUAAGUGAGCAGGUAGCCAAUCAGAAAGCGGAAUUCUCCCAUCAGCUCCAGAGUCUGAGGGCGGAGCUCGAGUCUGAGGGCGCAGCUCUGCGUGCAAGGCUGGAGGAGAUGGAGAGAUCGGAGGAGGAGAGGAGGAGAAGCCAGGAGAGAGAGACAGAAGAGCUGCAUCGAGUGGCGUCGGAGAAGGAGAAACUUAUAGAGGAAAGCUACAGACAGACGGAGACCCUGAGACGAGAACUGGAGUGUCUGAAGGAAGGCCUGCAGAGGAGGGAGGAGGAGGAGAGAAAGGUGUCUGUGGUGGAGGAGCUGAAGGAGGAGAUCCAGAGACUCCAGGAGAGGAGGGGGAGACAGCAGGAGGAUGAGGAGAGGAGCAGGGAGUUUGAGGCUGUGAAGAGAGAGGUAGAGAGACUACAGAGACUGAAGGAGGAGAGAGAGACCAACCUGAAGGGAAACACACAGGACGUUGGUGUCUCUCCUCUGAGGUCCAACAUGGCUGAAAGGAAGAAAAUCCCCAAAACUACAGGGAGGAAGAGGAAGAGCUGUGAGGUGGAGAACCUGGUGUUCAGUGAGACCAAGAGAAACCGAAACACUCGAAACAACAAACAGCCUUCCUCUGUGGUGAAGGAGAACAGAGACGGGACUCUUCAGAAGAUUGGAGAGUUGAUCCAGAGCUCUCCCUCCAUCCUGGGCAGCAAAGCAAAAACCAUCAUCAGUCUGGUCAGCGGACAUUCAGUGGAGAAGGAGACGCUGACUACAACAACCAAACUGAGACAAGGACGGAAGAAGCUUUAUAAGAAGGAUGCCUCGUGUCUGCUUAUCGACUCUCCACACAUGAUGUCAGGAGGAUCUGAGGAGAAGGAGAGCGAUCACCUGAUCAUUAAGAGACAGCUGCGGUCCAAAACUAGCAGGAAGUGACAUCAUCAUCGUCAUCAUGUGACAACACUUUGCUGUAGGGGAUGGUUUUCAGGCAGCAUUCAAACCUCUGAGGACACUCUGAGAAUAAAACUUUUCUCUUCAGUGCGCCUGAAGGACAGUUUGAUUUUAAAUAUCUGUACAGUUUAUAUUUCUGACUCAUUUUAGUUGUUUAGUUUGUGAUUUCGAGCCUUUUUUCAUCGCUUUUUGCAUUAAAGAGCUGAGAGAACACUGCAACAAUCCUUUUCACUUUAUGAAAAAUAAAAAUCAUUCCCAGCCUCCGACUGAUGAACACUCGUCUAUAUGCUGCUGGGAAAUGUUUCUACGGUGGCUGACAAGAUCCAAACUCACUGAAAACACCACAAACAGUAAGACACGGAAAUGCGACUAUGCAGGUAUUCAGCGUAAAAGCUUAAAAUGUCAAAUAAAAAAGAAAGACGCAGUUAAAAAUAUAGAAUUGUUUUAUACUGUAGGUACUGUCGUCAUCUGGACUG